GAUGCCGGUCUUUGUGCAGCGUGGCGAGUCACCACCAGCAGAACCUGAUGACGGUGGCCAAUCUGGGCGUGGUGUUCGGCCCCACCCUGCUGCGGCCGCAGGAGGAGACGGUGGCUGCGAUCAUGGACAUCAAGUUCCAGAACAUUGUGGUGGAGAUCCUGAUUGAGAACCACGAGCGCAUCUUUAAAGAGAUUCCGGUUUCUGGAGCAGGACAGAGCGGCUCACAGACCAACAUCUGCAGGAGGAGAAGCUCUGAGAGCAAAGCGCCGUCCUGCAGCGAGAGACCGCUCACACUCUUCCACACGCCGACACACUCCGAGAAGGAGCGAGCCUCAGCGGUGGAGAAGAGGAACAGCGCGGACCUGAACUCUGACCCGCAGCCGGCGCCGCCACCACCUGACUGCAACAGCACGCAGAACUGGAACAAGUUUAAUAACCUCAGCAGCGGAGACGGAGAACAAGAUGGCCCUCUACACACACAUCAGAACCGGACCAAUUCACAUCAAAGUCCAAGGACUGGAGGUAGCAGUGUAUCAUCCAGCCCAGCUUCACCCAGCUCCGCCUCUCCACGCUCUCCUUCCUGGCCGAUGUUCUCAGCUCCCUCCAGUCCUCAGUCAGCCUCCUGCACCUCCAGCGAAUCUUCUCCUCUCAGUCCCCCGGCGCGGAAGGCCCGAGCGCUGUACGCCUGCAAGGCCGAGCACGACUCCGAGCUCUCCUUCAUCGCAGGGAUGAUAUUUGAGAACGUUCAUCCGUCACGGGAACCCGGCUGGUUAGAGGGCACGCUGGACGGGCGGACCGGCCUAAUCCCUGAGAACUACGUGGAAUAUGUUUAGCUGUGGACCAGAAGGUGACGUGCUCCUGCAAGCUGAACAGCUUGAGAACUUUUCCUGCGCGAGUCCUCGCCGCACCAACGGAGACGCACCGUGUCCAUCAGACAGGUUCAUAGACAGGGAUGGAAGGUUCUCACUGCUUGUUUGGAGCGCCGGCAUUGUCUCAUGUCCCGUCUCUUAUUUUCAGAGCUUCCUGUGUGAUAUGUUUAGAACUACUAAGAAAAACUCAAGAAAAAAAAAAGUUAUUGAGGAAUUAUUUCCCCACUUGCACUCUUUUGUAUUUAAGGAAACUAAGUCUAAGAAACGCUCGAGCCGUCUCGUGCUUCCUCUCAGUUUUUCGCAGCAGGUGUAUUAAAGCGUGAUGUGUAAUGUGAAUUCGGCGCUAGUCAGAUCUAAAGCCUCUUAUUUAUGAUGACGCGCCCUCGGGCCGAGAUCCGUCUCCUCCGGGAGUCUGCUGACUUUGUACAUAAUGGACAAUUGAUAAGGGAUAAUGUUUAAUAAUGUUUAUGUAAAUAAUUCUAUUUUUACUCUAUAGCUUACUAACUUAAUUUUGGUACCUCUAUUGCUCUUUUUACAGUAAAAAAAAAAAAUCUAAUUUAAUGUUGGGAGGCUUAAUGUUCCUAAAAUGUUCGAACACACCAGGAUUUGAGAUGAUGAGAUGAUGUUCAGAUUUUUUCCUUAUUAAAGAUCAUUACUGAGA